CUGUUCGCCUUCGGUGCGAUUGCUAUCCUGUUCAUCGCCGCAUUGUUGGUGCCGGUGAUACUGCCCGUGAAUUUCGGGGGCAGCGGCCAGGGCGAGGCGAGCGAAUACGUCGAGGGAAUCGGAACCCAGUCAGAGGUCUCGCCAAGCCAGGAGCAUUUCCCGGACACACUGAACAUCGGUCAAGUGGUUCCGGAGGGAUACCUGACGACGCCGCCGACGUCGGGAAGGCACUGGAACGGGUGGGUUCAGUGCGGCUUCUAUACGAGCCCCGUUCCUGACGAACGCAUCGUGCACAACAUGGAGCACGGGAACAUAAUCGUCAGUUACAACCUGACCGACCAGGCACAAAUUGACGCACUGGCGGAGGCGUUUGACGACAUUGGCUUGACCAACGCCUGGGGCGUGGCACGACCUUACGACGAGAUCCCCGAAGGCACGAUUUACCUGACCACGUGGGGUGUGAUCGACGGGCCGAUGCACGAAGUUGACGGAGAUCGGAUUGAACGGUUCUUCGAAGCCUACUCCGGCAAGCUGGGGCCGGAGUUUCCCAACGGCGCUCCGUGCACGACCGGCGGCACCAUGAACCCGUAG